UUCAUCAGUAACCCUACUUUCUGUAUAAUUUUCAAAUUUACGUCAAAUUUUUUAAUAUUUAUUUCCUCAAUGCUGUGUAUUUGAAUUAUAACACAUACAUACACCUCCAACAUCAAAGAUAUAUAAUCUUUGACCAAAAUCUUAUCGGAUAGGAUAAGAAUGUUCACACCACUACAAUGAAUUUGUGCAAAUAAAGAAUGUCAAGGAUGAAAGAUACACACGUAUUUGAAUUAGAAAUGAAUAAUGAAGAAUAGAACACAACAUGAAGAAACCAAGAAUAUUAGUUGGUGCAACAAGUAUUGUGUUUUUCAUUAUUAUAUGGAAGUUAUAUGGUAUUGAAUCUGUGUCAGGAGUUGAAGAGUUAAAACAAGAGUUAGAAUACCAAGAGAAUAUCAAUCGUUUCCCAUUAAGUUUGGAACGUAUUGUUAAUCCUGUAACCAUAUAUUGUGUUACACCAACUUAUUGGAGACUUGUCCAGAAGGCAGAGUUAAUACAGGUUCUCCAAACCUUAACUUUAGCCUCAUUCAAGGUUAACAUAAAAUGGAUAGUGAUCGAGGAUUCUGAACAGAAAACUUCGUUAGUUACUAAUUUGCUAAAAAGAAUAGAUGAUGCUGGUGAUUCCCGCUUAAGUUAUGUACAUCUUAAUGCUAAGACACCACCUUUCCAACAACUGAAGGCAAAGGAUCCGAGAUGGAAGAAACAUAGAGGAGUUGAGCAGAGAAAUGCUGCUUUAAAAUGGAUUCGGGAGAAUAUAAAGCCGCAUGGAUCAAAAAAAAUUAUAUUUUUCAUGGAUGAUGAUAAUACUUAUGAUGUGAGAUUAUUUGAGGAGAUAGCAAAGGUGGACAAGGUAGGAGUCUGGCCAGUUGGUUUAGUUGGUGGACUCAAUUUGGAAACACCUAUAGUAGAUCCUAAGACUGGCAAAGUGACGAGUUACAAGAGCGGGUGGAAGCCAGAUAGACCAUUUGCGAUAGACAUGGCAGGUUUUGGAAUAAACAUCAUUCUGAUUUUGGAGAAACCAGAGGCAAUGUUCUCUUACAGGAUGGAACAUGGCUACCAAGAAAGCCAGUUCUUAGCAUAUUUUACCACAAAAGAACAACUUGAGCCAUUGGCAGAUAACUGCACAAAGGUGUACGUGUGGCACACUAGGACUGAAAAACCUGUCAUUAAAGGCACUGUGCCUGGCUUUGAAGUGUGAUAUUAAUUUUUUUUUUUAAAUUCCAAUGUUUCCUAAGUAUUCAUUUCAUAGUUAAUUAUUAUCAAAUUUUUCUCUGUGAUAGACUUAUGCUAUUAUUUUUCUGAAACAAUUACUCCCCCUAUAUAAAAUAAGUCAAGUACCUAGCCACAUGAAUCAAACACAACAUAUUAUUUAUUAAAUAAACUGAAAUUCAGAA